GCGUUUAGUACAGCGCUCAGCAGGAGUGUCGGACGCUCGGCUUUACAGUCGCCGACUUUAGUAUUCUUCGUUUAUUUUCUUUUCUAUUCGUUUAAUUUGUCGCUCAGCCCCAUAACCUUUAAUGUGGGAAGUUUCGACGUUGUUGUAUGAGUUUUAAAGUUAUAUGUCCUACCUACAUUUUGUUGACAGUGUCACGUGCGGAGUUUAAUUGUUACCGGUUCCGGAGUUUACAAGUGUUUAUAACGCAUACGGCCUUCACUUGAGGCAGGUAGAGUCGGUGGAUCAUCAAAAAAGUGCCCUGAGUUAUUGGAAUUAUUAAAAAACACUGGAAUUGUGAAGGUGUAAGUUGUACAGAGUUUGUGGAGUGAUAAAGUUUGUCCUACUAAAAAAAUCACAAUUUCUCGCGGGUUGACUUAUAGGACUCUGCUUGGAAACUCUGUAUGAGUACAUUGCAAUGAAAUAUUGAAGUUUCGAUAAGUAACAACAUAACCUUUUCGAAAAAGGCGCGUGUUUACCGGACAUGCGCAGUGGGCUCCUCCAAAUUAUUUAUUAGUGGCUUAUAAUUUUAUAAACAAACGAGUAUUUGUGGUUUGGUGCCGGUCUGUAGUGCAUUCUAAUACCAAGUGCGCUUGUGUUAUAAAUAUUGGAUUAAUUUCAAAGAAGUUUUAAAAUUUUCGGCAAUUGUUUGGAUUACAAAUUGAGAGUAACGUUCACCUGUGGGAUUUCGGUGUUGAAUUGCGCGCGCAGACUGUCAUUCCUUCAGAUUAGCGCACGAUGAUGUCCUGUCCUUUGCCUUUGCCGCUGCUGCCAGCGCUUCACCCUCAGCCAGCGUUAGCAUCUGACUUUCCUAUUCACAUUGGAAUUAAGGGCCCGCUAUUAUCCUGAACUACGCAUGAAGAAAAUAAAAUAGACUUUUAAAACAGUGUUUAUAAGUGAAUUAAAUAUCGCUUGGCGUAAAGCACGGCUUUGGCGUCCGCAUCUCUACCGACUUUAUACAACUCUUACGUGAAAUGGUCAAGGUGAGUGAAUCUUCACUACUUGAGUGCAGCAACGGGCGCUACACAGCGUCCGAAACGAGAGGCUCAGACGAGCUUCUUUCGCAGAGUGGCGUCACCGUCAUGGCGCCCGCCGCUCCACACCAUGCUGACAAUAAUAACCAAGAUUCCGCCGCUAAAAAGGUGAAGCUUGAACAAAAUGUCGGCAAACCUUCAAGAGUUAUCCACAUACGGAAUAUACCAAAUGAGACGACGGAAGCAGAGAUCAUACAGCUGGGUCUGCCAUUUGGGAGGGUUACCAAUGUUCUCGUGCUCAAAGGAAAAAAUCAGGCAUUCCUGGAAAUGGCGGAAGAAAUAUCUGCUGUAGCCAUGGUGGCAUACUUCGGUGGCUGCGUGGCUCAACUUCGUGGGCGUGCUGUCUACGUGCAGUUCUCUAACCAUAAGGAACUAAAAACAGACCAGACUCACAGCAACGCGUCGGCGUCAGCACAAGCGGCACUUCAAGCUGCUCAAGCCAUAUCUAACAGCGCUGGUGCAGCCCUUGUAGCUGGCGCGGGCGCAGCACUACAACCAGCCAACGGAGGAACCGAAAUACAAUGUGACCUGCAGGGUGGCCCCAACACUGUCCUGCGCGUUAUAAUAGAACAUAUGCUGUAUCCGAUAGUACUUGAUGUACUUUACUCGAUCUUCCAGCGAUACGGAAAGGUGCUCAAAAUUGUCACGUUCACUAAAAACAAUUCAUUUCAAGCCCUAAUCCAGUACCCAGACACCGGGUCAGCGCAAAUGGCGAAAACGGCUCUGGAUGGUCAGAACAUAUAUAACGGAUGCUGCACUCUCCGCAUUGACUACUCAAAGAUGACCUGCCUCAAUGUCAAAUAUAACAAUGAUAAGUCCCGAGACUACACUAACCCGACGCUUCCAUCUGGAGACGGAGACGCUCAUCAGCUGUUGACCAGUGAGUUGAUGCCACUGCGGGCCCACCUCGCCCUGAACCUCGCAUCCAGGAUGAGCGGAGGGGUAUUGGCACCACCGUUCCUGGGUCUGGGAUCGGGGCUAGCUUCUCCCUAUGGUGUGGGAGUGGGGGGAGUAAGCCUCCCAGCGUUUGGGGCUCUCGCUUUGACUCCAGCAUCACCAGCACUGCGAGCUUUAGCAGCUCCACCACUACCGCUAGCUACAGUACUGCUGGUUUCAAAUCUCAACGAGGAGAUGGUCACGCCUGACGCUCUAUUUACCCUUUUCGGCGUGUACGGUGAUGUGCAACGGGUGAAGAUCCUCUACAAUAAAAAGGACUCAGCCCUCAUCCAAAUGGCAGAACCUCAUCAGGCUCAUCUAGCCAUGACUCAUAUGGAUAAGCUUCGGGUGUUCGGUAAAGCAAUGCGCGUGAUGCUGAGCAAGCAUCAGACCGUACAACUGCCCAAAGAGGGACAGCCAGAUGCAGGACUCACCCGGGACUAUUCCCAGAGCCCACUCCAUAGAUUCAAGAAGCCUGGUAGCAAGAACUACCAGAACAUUUACCCUCCGAGCGCUACAUUACAUUUAUCCAACAUUCCAGCUACCGUUACUGAAGAUGACAUCAAGGAAGCGUUCACUAAACGAGGUUUCACCAUCAAGGCGUUUAAAUUCUUCCCGAAAGACCGCAAGAUGGCUCUGGUCCAACUGCCAUGCAUCGACGACGCUGUGGCUGCCCUCAUCAAGAUGCACAACCACCAGCUCUCGGAGUCCAAUCAUCUAAGGGUCUCCUUCUCCAAAUCAAGUAUUUAAAUUCAGUAUCGAAUAUCACACAAUGUCUAGACAGUACCCUAACCGACUGUACUAUGUACUAUGGAGCGCGACUGUACCUCACAAAUCGAGAAUCGCUCGACUGAUGAUAUCUGUAUUACGCUUACUCGGAUCAGUAGAGGUUAAGUGCUAACUUCUGUAGUGUAAUAUUAAGGUCUCCGGCAACUAGAUAUAUUUGUUAUUUUAAAGCAUAUUGAAAUUUGUGUGAUAUUCAUUCCGUUUUGUUUUCUUAAUAUAUACAUAUAUAUAAUUUCGUAUGACGUUUCCAGUAGUUCAGUUAUCUGAUAGCAAUUAGAUUGCGCUAGAAUUAUUUACAAAACUUGGCAGUAUCGCGAUGUUAGACAUUGCCGUUCUAUGACUAUCAUGACAGCUUAUUACUAUAGUAUUACAUAUAUAAUAUACUAUAGUAUUUAUCACUAGCACAUUGUUACGUAUAUUAUUUUCGUCAUAUAAUUUGCAGUUAUUAUUGUAAGAUUAUAUUUUAUCAAUAUAUUUUAUUUUCUUAUUCUAAUCAGCACAAUAUAUUAUGGUAUUAUGGAUUAUGAUUGUUUUGUACGCAUACACAUUUUCUAUAAUAUUGAAAUGCUACGUCAUAGAAAUGUGUAUGUGUGUGCAAUAUUAGUUUUAGAGGUUUUAGUAAUUUAAGUGAUAAUAGUCUUCUUUAUCGGUCUGCAUACUUCCAUUAUUGUUUCAUAUAUACUGUUGCCUCGUAUAGUUAGUGUAAUCACGACUAUUUUAUAUACAUAAAAUAUAUAUAUCUACGUUAUGUUCGGUGACAUUGUAGUGACAUGAUGCAUUUAUUUUCUAUGUUAAUUUAUAAUAAUAUUAGCUACAACAUAUAAAUGCUCGUGCAUUCACUAAUUAAGUAAUUAUAGAUUAUUUAUUCCUCUAACAAGCAUAGUGUUUACAAUGAUAAUUCUCUAAGAUAAUCAUUAAAUAAGAUGCGGUUAGUUAUGAAGUAUCCGGUCGUGUGGUAUUUGAUUUGAACACCCUGUAUAUACGUCCCUCGUGUUUCACUACACUCGAUUGGUUCUAACAAAUCUUUGCCUUCUUAAAUUAAAUAAUGCGUCUAGUCCAAUGUGAAAGAGAUUAAGUCGGUUAAGUGAUUUAAUAGAAAUUCUCUCGGAAACUGGCUAACAUUAGAUAUUAUUUAUUUAUAAAUGAAUUUUAUUUUUGAUUGGUUCGUCUUUUGGACCAGGUAAUUCAGUUCGUCGGUUUCAGGCAAAGCAUGAGUGAAACACGCCCAAUAUACGACGCUUUGUCCCGUGAAUUAGUUUAUUAAUAUUAGGUACAGAAAAACAUAUCUUUGCUAAGUUUAUAAACAGUCCAUACUAAAGGUGUCUGAGAGACGUCGGCAUAUCCUUUCAGUCACCGAUUAUUUCUUUUAAUUUAUGUAAGCGAUCAUUGAAAAUUAUUUACACUAUUAUAAAUUGUAUUAUAUACAUAAAAUACCGUUAAAUAAAAAAAAUAGAGCUUAGUAAGAUGGUUAAACUGAAAAAAAAUUGAUCGUCAGUACGGUGUAAGGUUUACUAGAGAAAUUUGAUCAUAUAAAUUAUUGUAUUAAUCAGUACCUACCUACAAUAAGAACGUGUACGUAGGUUCGGUUUAAAUAAUGCUAGGCGACCAGGGUGUGGUGAUAUUUUGCACGUUUUUGAGAUGUUUUUCUAUGUGGCUCAGUCAACUGUGCCCGUAUAAAAUGGCAUGAAAGCGGUGGUGGUCUCGAGAUGGUAUUGGUAGCUAUAAUUGAAUUAUAUUAUGUAUUAUAACAGAAUCACAAAAUAAAGAGAUUACAUAUCCGUUCUCAGCGUGGAACGCUACACACAUAGAUAUCAGUUCUUGAUGGACAAAAAAGUCUGUGCUCAAUUAGUAGUGCGACGGAUGUGUGUAGCGUUUUGUGGCCUAAAUUUUUCUCAUUAAUAUUGGUAUUGACUAAUAGAUAAUUAUAGGAAUUUAUGUGUUUAGAGAAGUAUUUUAAAUAUUUAGGAUAAUAACAUACUGUAAUGAAAAAAAAUCAGUGUUUAGAAUGAGAUGCCAAAUUUAAAGUCAAUACACAUUAUUUUAGGUAAAACGUAAUUGAAUUAAUCUUAACGUUUAUUGAGAAGUUAAUGAAAAUGUUACAGUUAAAUUAUAUUUGAGAGUUUUAUUAAGCGCAAUAUUUGCUAUUUUAUUCAUCGCGAGCGAGAAUUGUUUCAAUUUGUUAGUUAAAGUUAUGCGUUGAAAAAGAUAUGAAGUUGUGUUUCUUACUUAGUCCAUUUGGUACUAUGAUAGUUAGUGUUAUUUUACUCGCUGUGUUGUCUCUUACAUAUCUGUUCAUAUCGCCGCUACGAUAGUACAGAUUUACUUCAUCCCUUCACUAUAAACGAUAUAUGAAGUUGUUUCAUAUCACUAAAAUAAAACGCCUACAUAUCAGUAAAUAGAAAUCUUUUGGCUAAGGCGCAUGUAUCAAAUUGUAUCCUUUAACAGCUGUUACUUUAAUCUUCCCUUUGUCCUAUUUAAUGCUAUGUUAUUUCCCAAUGUAAUUUAAAAUGUCGUCGAUCUUUGUAUUCUUUUAUUUUAGAAAUAAGCCUUUGUGUGUUUAAUUUCAUUCUUAUUUUUAAUUUCAUAAUUAAAUUUUUAUUAUCAUUGA